UUCUCUACGAGAGUGACCAUCGAGCUCAUCAAGUGAGCUCGCCUCGGAUCACUGUUAUCGUGUCGCGUUUGCGCUCGUAGUCUGCCUCGCGGACAAGAUUUUCUCCGUUCGACCGCAAGAUUUUCGUCGUAAGGGCAUCAAGUCGAUGCUCGGCAAGAUCUCCGUCACGCGUUUGCGGCAGACAACCGACGCCCGAGCGAUUCGAACCACGACAGUGUCCGUGAAAUUCACCACGAGUUCCCGGUGCAAAUCAAUCCCGGUUGCAAAAGUCGUUCUCUCAUCCGCAGCUUUCCCCUCGUUGUUGCUCUAACUUCCGCAAAUUUUAAGAUAUUCGGCUCAAUUUUUUUUUAAUAUAGAGUAUUAUUAAAGGAAGUGUAGUAAUCGAAAAAUGUCGAAAAGAGAAGAGCAUCGGGUUCUGCCGAAGACGCCGGACGCUGGCGCUGGCCGACCGUCGGAGGUCACCCCCGUGAGUAAUUUACAUUACUCUUCCAAACCUUGCCGCGACAAGUAGCAAUCUCGUUCACCAUGCCGUGGCGCGGUAUUUAUUCAAUAAGAAUUGACUACUAAUUUAUUUUCUAUAACACAUCAAUUUUGCCCUCUAAUCUUUCAUAAUUUGUUUAAUUAUUACUAGACAUUAUAGACACCCGCUUCACGCGCGCUAUUUGGCUUUAACAUUAUACUAUUAAUUAUUAUUACAUUACUCGUAAAAGAAAGUUACACGAAAUACACACUGGAGUUUGAGAGCUCCCAGACUUAUUUUAAGUAUUAAUUGUUGCAAAACCAACAAACAAUUAAUUGCUUUGGCAGAGUUGCUAGCUAUUGAAGAGACUUCAAACUUUUUUUUUACAAGGCAGACGGUCCUAUCUCCUUUAUUUAUUUAUUCUAUCAAUGGUAGAAUUUCAAACUUUAUCUGGAGUCUCGAAGACCCCAAUUAAUGUGUAUACCCAGGAUUAAGACACAAUUUUAGUUAUUCACUUUUCACCAACUUUGUUAAAAUUAUAAGUAAUAGACAUAUAUUAUGAGAACUUUAGAAAACGUAUUGCACAUAAUUUUUUUAUUUCACUUCAAAUGCCUGCAGAGUGUCCUCUUCGGCCCGUCGAAUAUUGUUACAAGAUGUCGCACGAAUUACCAAAUGAAGAAAAUAUUAUUUGAAUGGACAAUCGAGAAUUUUAGUGUAUGCUGCGAAUUAGAAAAGAAACUGGAGUCUUCUAUAUUUCCAGAAGGGGCCAACGAAAAUCUCAAAUGGUUCCUAAGAAUGUAUCCUAAGGGCUCUGCUAAAGCAGAGAGCAAAAACUACCUGGGGUUAUUUCUCAUGCUCGUUUCGUGCAGGGAAUCGCAGGCUGUAAAAGCAAAGUGCAAACUUUCCAUUCUCAAUGCCAAAAGAGAAGAAAUAAUAAAAAUGAAACUAAACAUGCAUCAAUUUAUUUGCGGUCAAGAUUGGGGCUAUGAACAAUUCAUCAGGAGAGACUCUCUUCUAGACAACGGGCUGCUGUCAGACGACAAACUCACGAUAUUCUGUGAGAUCAGCGUAAUGGAUAAUGUAACAUCCAGUAACGAUCCAGUAACGAUACCGUUUGAAAUAUCGAAAUGCGAACUUGAUAAUGUCGGGUUACUGCUUUUCGAAAAUUCCGAAUUUAGCGACAUAACAGUUCUUGUCGAUGGAAGAGAGAUCAAGGCACACAAAGCAAUUCUCGCUGCACAAAGUCGCGUCUUUUCGGCAAUGUUCAAAAGCGAGAUGACCGAAAAACGAAACAACGUGAAAAUCGAAGACAUGGAUUUUGAAACCGUGAGAGAAAUGUUGCAAUUUAUUUACACCGGUAAAGUGGAGAAGUUGGAGAAAAUGCCGAACUUAUUAUACGCAGCGGAAAAAUAUGAACUAAAAAAUUUAAAAGUAAUCUGCGAGAAAAUACUUGGCACACGGUUGACUAUUGAGAACGUGGCAAAGAUCCUCAUACUUGCCGAUCUCUGUAGGGCCGAUUAUUUGAAGGCACAAGUGCUAGACAUAAUUAAAACACAUCUGACGGAUGUGCUUAAUACCGAGGGUUACAAGUCAUUGGCAAACUCCCACCCACAUCUGAUGUUAGAAACUUUACAAGCUUUAGCGACUCAGAAUAUCGACCACCCAGGAAACGAGUGAAACGACGCUGAAAGCAGUCACCGCUCACCCCAGCAAUUUGUUGCAGAGACGGAUGAAGUUGAACUCAGCACCGAGUUGGAGCGCAUCGCCAAGUUCUGCGAAUUUAAUCCAUAAUCUUCCGCACUUCCAUAUUUCCUGGAUGCGUUCGAUUAUUUUGCAAUUAAUAAAAGCUUACUCGGAUCCGGGUAAUUUAGUUAUCGUUCUGGGAAUCAUGAUGAGAAUUACAUUAAUGGAAUCACACUUAAUGUGAGAGAGACGUAUACAAAUUGAUCUCUCCUCACCUUUAUUUUACUUGAAGUUACUAUAUAGUUUUUGAAAUCUAACACAAGCUAUUUUCGAGACAAAUAGUUUGUAUGUAGUAUAAAUAUCUCUCGAGAGAAAACUCGUCGAUUUCGAAAACAGAAACGUGCGCAACAUUGACAAUAUUCAGCAGAGAAAGAUAUUAAUUUUUCCUUCGAGAUACGCGCGAGUGGGAAAACGCAUGUGAAUAAUUGCUUUCUCCUUGAUUUGAAAUAUGUAAGAUGAAAUAUUGUUUAAAAUGUUUCUUUAUUCCUUAAAACUUUAUUCUUUUGAUUUUAUCAGUUUCCAUGUAAUAUUAUUUCAUUUCAGAAUUAUUAAUAGCGCUACAAAAAUUCUUAUUCUAUUGUAGCGAA